AUGGGCAUCGUCUGUUCUUCUGCACAGCUUGCCUGCCUUUGUGGCAGUGCAGCUUGCAGUUUUUGUUGUUCACAAUGUCCAUCAUGCCGUAAUAGUACAAGUACACGUAUCAUGUACGCGUUACUCUUACUACUUGGCACUAUUGCAGCUUGUAUCACGCUUGCACCAGGUCUUCAAAACGCAUUAAAGAAGGUUCCAUUUUGUACAUCAGAUGAUAACUAUGUUCCCACAACUUUUAAGUUUGAUUGUGAUUCAGCAGUCGGUUACUUGGCGGUUUACAGAAUUUGCUUCAUACUGACAUUAUUCUUUUUCUUAAUGUCUAUGAUGAUGAUUCGUGUUAGAAAUUCCAAGGAUCCACGUGCUCCUAUACAAAAUGGGUUCUGGGCAAUUAAAUACAUGUUAAUUAUUGGUGGAAUUAUUGGAGCAUUUUUCAUUCCCGAAGGGUCGUUUGGUCCUACCUGGAUGUAUUUUGGAAUGAUAGGUGGUUUUCUAUUUAUAAUUAUUCAAUUGAUACUCAUCGUAGAUUUCGCUCAUUCCUGGGCUGAUGCUUGGGUUGCUAAUUAUGAAGAAACUGAAUCAAAGGGCUGGUAUGCUGCCUUAUUAGGAGCAACAUUUUUAAACUAUGCAUUGGCUAUUACUGGGGUCGUAUUGCUAUACGUUUACUUCACACUGCCAAAUGAUUGUGCUCUGAACAAGUUCUUCAUUUCAUUGAAUCUGAUUCUCUGCGUUAUUGCAAGUGCAGUAUCGAUUCUACCAAGUGUUCAGGAAUACCAACCACGUAGUGGAUUACUACAGUCUUCCGUUGUCACUCUUUACGUUGUAUAUCUUACUUGGAGCGGAGUUUCUAACAGUCCAGAUCAUGAAUGUAAUCCUGGACUCCUUGGCAUAACAACUAGCAACAGUACUACUACCACCAAUACUGCUUCGUUUGAUAAGGAAAGCGUAAUCGGAUUGAUAAUUUGGAUGUGUUGCGUUUUGUACAGUUCGUUACGUACAGCAUCCAAAUCCUCCAGGAUUACAAUGACCGAUAACGUUCUGGCGAAGGACAAUGGAGCUGUCAAGAAUCCGGCUGACCAGAAUCUUGUCGACAACGAAGAUUAUGUUUCAGUAGAAGGUCGUAACGGCGAUGCCGAGAGUGGAAAUGAGUCCAAGGUCUGGGAUAACGAAGAAGAUGCAGUUUCUUACAACUGGAGUUUCUUCCACUUCAUGUUUGCAUUGGCGACAUUAUAUGUGAUGAUGACAUUAACCAAUUGGUACAAACCAAACUCCGACAUAAAUUCACUGAACUCCAAUUCGGCCUCCAUGUGGGUAAAAAUCAUUUCAUCCUGGAUGUGUUUAUCUCUUUACGUUUGGUCCAUGGUGGCUCCUGCCAUUCUAUCCAAUCGGGACUUUUCUUGAACGCCAGAUCUUUUAAGUGGGAGUUCGGCGCAACCGUUCUCUAUGGCCGCGUUAACCACUUAACCUGGCAUUCAAUCGGCAGUAAUACGGAUUCAAACCGUUGUAACGACAAAGAAUUAUUAAACAAAAAGUAAGCUGACCGCGUACGUCUCCCAAACGUGCAAAAUAUUCGUGGGCCGCAGAUAGCGGAACGUCUCGGAAACGUGAUUCCCGGUUAAGUGGUUAAACAAUGAAAGAAAGUGAGUAACAUAUGCGUAUAGUCGUGCGUAUUAGAUGUAGCCUUAAGAUCGCUAGUAAAUAUAUACUAUAUAUUAUACAAUGCAUACAGAUGUAUUCGAUGUAUAUAUAUAUGCAUGUUUUCUUUUAUUGAACCGGUACAACCUGUCGAAUCGGAUUCAAUGAUUGAAGUUUACGACUGCUUUUAUGUAUCAUACAAAUAUUGAUUUGCGGUGUAAUGAAAUAUUACACAUUAUACAGUCAACUCUCUGUGCAAGCACGCUGCUUAUAGUCGCGUUUUCCCUUAUUUGUAGAGGUAAUCAGGUACCUACUCUUCAUCUAGUAAGUAGUCGUGGGGAUAGUACGUGUAAUUUUUGUAGCACGCCGCACGUGCGCGCAGAAGCGGUGAGAACUUUUUAUACAAUUACGUUUCAGCACCAAGCGUGCGAUUAUACAGAGAGUUGACUGUUGUACAGUCGUGUCCCUCAGCAGUUCGGUCUUGGGAACCGGUAACAUUUCAAUAAUCUGCAUUCCUACCGAGUCAUAAGGGACUAUUCCGUAGCCAAGCUAUGUGAAGUUUUCAUGUUAUUGAUGAGUCUGGACUAUUCAGAGAUGAACUAUUGAAGGACCCGACUGUACUUAUGUAUAGAUUAGGGCUAUGUGUAUAUAUUUUUAUAGAGAUACUCCUCUCUUUAUUGUACUCUUGGGAUACACAGAGUGCGUAAUUGAAAUUACAUGGCGAGGAUAUGUACCAAUAAAGGUUAACCCACUGCAAGGAAAUAAAAACAGUAAAAACAUA